AUGUCCAGGGCAUUGCUGGAGGCGAGCGUUAACAGAUCAGGGCUUGUGGAUUUCACUGUAAGCAUUCCGACUGUUGCUAUGUGGGAGAGAGACCAAAAAUGCGAGGCAGUGAUUUCAGAUGCCAUGAGGUGGGCUAACCAAGUCACUGGGCAUUCAUCUGGUGCCUGCCUUUUUGGGGACAUUGAAGAGCUGCUUCCAUACAGAACCUUUGAUCCCAGCUGGACCUAUUCGCGGAAGCUGCAAGCCACUCUGCAGUGUGCUGGCACUUCGCCCUGGGGUCAUUGCACAUUCCAUGCACAAACUUGCAGUACAGGCAAGGUUUCCAGCAUGGACGUAUCAGGUUUGCCCUGCCCUGAUAUGAGCUUGGCAGGGAAGAGGAGGAAGAGGGCAGGGUCUACCAAUGGUGUCUAUUGUGCUCGAGGUAAGUAUGUGACCCAGCACAAGGUACCCAUCGUGAUAACCGAAUGCACACCAGAGCUCGACAUGGGCCUCAUGGAAGACACCCACCCAGAGCACCAUAUGUUCCAGAUGUUUGCAGAACCGGGAGAUGUUGGUUUUGCUGCAACAGCACGCCGUCGGACGUGGGUGAUCGGCAUGCAUCAAGACCGGUCUACCAUCCGCCAAGACCCUUACGAACUUCUGGAAUCUGUAAAGGGACUCUUCGCGAAUGACCCGACAACAGUCCAGGACUAUUUAGUCGCCUCCCGUGCAGAAGUCCUUCUAGAGGCGUCCCAGUUGGCACAGAAGCGGCGGAUCCCAUUUCAAGCUGACUGCUUGGAUUUGACCUACCUCCUUACACAGCGCGAGAAGGAAACUGCUGCUGCUCUCAAUGCAAGGUUCCAAGAGCAAUUUGGAAGGAAUGCUGAGUUGGAGCCUGCCCUUGUGUACCACUUGGGUGACUCGGCCACAUUUGGGUCGUGGAGCGCGGUGAGUGGACGCAUUCCCACCUACAGAGUUGGGGCCAAAUCUUCAGUGUACUGGUUGCCACACUACAAGCGGUUUCUGACGGCCAAGGAGAAGUUGAUCAGCAUGGGCUGGCCAUCAGUGCCAGAAAUCGCAUCAUCUAUGCACGUCCCGCUCUUUGGUGCUAGUGACCCUAGACGGGCAGGAGACCUUUUAGGCAACGCAAUGCACAUGCAAAUCUGCGGGCUGAUGCAGCUUCUGGCCCUCGUUUCCUUUUCACCAAACCUUUAA